AUGGCGAAAUACCUAGGUCUCCGAGGAGAGACUCUUGGCAGAGUUAGAAUCCUCCUUGUAGUUGUUCCAUCAUUUUUACUCUUCGGAUGUCUAAUCGGAGCUCUAGUUUCUAUCUCGGUCGGAAAUCCGUUUGGUCGCCGUCGAGCUCUCGUUACUUUCGCUAUAAUCGCAGCCAUCGGUUUAACUCUUCAAGCAUCUUCGUUCACUCUCGACCAAUUGGUGAUCGGCCGUAUCAUAUCUGGCGUUGGAGUUGGAGGGGUUAAUGCAGUGGUCCCAGUCUGGCAAGCGGAAUGUUCUAAACCCAAGAACCGUGGAAAGAACGUAGUAGUGCUUGGCAUUUUCAUCGCAAGUGGUAUAGGACUAGCAAGCUGGGUCAACUUUGGGUUGUCUUUCCACCAAAAAAACUCGGUCUGCUGGAGGUUGCCGCUCGCUUUGCCACUCAUCUUCUGUGCGUUCAUCUGCUCAUCCGCCUUCUUGUUUCCGGAAUCGCCUCGAUGGCUUGUACAAAAGGGAAAGUUAGAUGAGGCAAAAACAGUUCUCUCUAUCCUUGAGGAUAUAAACGUCGAGUCCGAGCACGUUGCCGUCGAGCUACAGUGCCUUCAAGACGCUUAUGCUAGACAAUCAGCUCGAGAGCAGGGCUUCGUGGAUCUCUUCAAGCCCGGUCGACAGAGACUCCUGUAUCGCACCAUUCUCUCAAUUCUCAUUAACUUUUGCGCUCAAAUGACCGGGGCAAACGUAAUCACUUAUUACGGAACGACAAUCUUUCGCCAAUCUCUCGGGUUCGGUCCACAGCAAGCUUCCGUCCUUGCAGCGGGACUGCUGACUUGGAAGAUCUUGGCUGCUUCGCUGGCAUAUUAUUUUGUCGAUCGCGCUGGCCGUAAGCCCUUGUUCAUGAUAGCUGGGGUUGGAAUGGGUGCAUCCAUGAUGUGUUUGGCAAUCACGGUGUCUCAAAUUCAACACUCCGGUGCCGGCGCAGCGGCGACUUUCUUCCUGUUCAUGUUCAUGUUUUUCUUCCCCCUUGGUUUUCUCGGUGCCAACUUCUUGUACGGGACGGAAAUUGCGCCCCAGGAGCUGCGAAUCCAUCUCUCAGCCAUCGGUACAUCGUCUCACUGGCUGUUCAAUUUCGUCAUUGCGGAGAUCACUCCAAUUGCGUUUACAAGUAUCGGGUACAGGUAUUACAUCGUGUAUGCAUGUACCGGAAUUGCUGUAGCUCCGAUGGUAUAUUUUCUGUUCCCUGAAACAAAUGGUUGGUCUUUGGAAGAGAUGGAUAGGGUCUUCUCAGAGCCGGAACACUGGUGGCAGGUGACUUCAGCAGCCAGAAGACUUCCACGAGGUGUGCUGGCAGACAUCGAGAACAUGGAGGAAAAGAUGACGGAAGGUUCUCAGGUUGAGAAAAGCCAAGAGGAGUAG